AUGAGGGCAGAGGCGAGCAAGGAAGGUUUGUCGAAAGCAAUAAUGGAUGUAUUACUGGCGUCAGAAAUAGGCGAUAGCAAGAAGCUUGAACAGCUCUUGGCCGCUCAAAAUCCAGAGGUUAACUAUAGUAACGAUUCCAAGGAAACUCCACUACUUCUUGCCUGUAAAUUCGACCAUUUCAGUUGCUGUUCGCUUCUCCUUGAGGCAGGAGCGAGCGUCGAUCAAAGCGAUAGUGUUGGCAACAGCCCAUUGCAUUUUGCCAGAGAUUAUAACAUAGUCGCACGUUUGCUUGCACUAGGAGCCGAUCCAGCGGCGAAAAAUGUGAAAGGACGAACACCUUUGCACGAAGCUGCUCUUUGGGGAACCACUGAGGUAUUUAAAGCUCUUCUUGAAGAGUUUAUAAACAGGAAGCUCUCGGUCGACGUCUCCGACGAGCAAGGAUUUACUCCCUUGCACCUUGCAGUGUUUUCUGAGGUCGAAGAAAACAUCUUAGAAAAGACAAACCUACUCAUUUCGGCAGGAGCUGGAGUAGAUAAACCGGGUCUCCAUGGUUUCACACCUAUAAGGUUGGCUUGUACGAAUUUUAACUUAAAAGCAAGCAGUGUUUUACAUUUACUAAGAUGUGGCGCGAGCCCUCGCGUUAUCGACGAAUAUGGAAAUACUUGUUUGCAUGCCAUAUUCAAGAUGAAUCCUUAUUUCUACCCUUCUGAGGAAGAUUCCCUGGAGGUGACAACGAUUCUCGAAGAAUUAGUAAAAUUGGGAUGUAAUGUUAACGUCAAGAACAGAAAUGGCCAAACUGCUUUGCAGUAUGCAGCGUACAGCGCACUUCCAGAGCAGGUGAAGACCCUUCUGGAGUGUGGUGCCGAUCCAUCGAUUGCUGACCAUAUUGGAAGAACACCAUUACAUAAAAGUAUGUUUAACAGAGACUUUAAAGUUGCUGAGAUUCUGUUGGAGUAUUCAAAGAGCCCUUGCGUGGUUGAUCACUUAGGAAGAAUUCCUCUUCACUAUGCUGCAACUUCUGGCAAGCGUGAAAUUAUCCGUACCAUCAUCCCAGCAAUGUCACCGCCUCCACAAGGAGUUGAAAAUUUCAUGAACAAGCAAGACAAUUUUGGGAUGACUCCUCUUCAUUAUUUCCUAUUGCAUAAAAGAACUGAAGAGUCAAUUCUAAGUUGUCUUUUGCAAUAUGGAGCAGAUGUAAAAAUUGAUCUUCCCUCUGGUGUGACUUGCAUCGAAAUGGCCAGGUACUCCAGGGAUGUCAGCCAGGUCAUUUUCCAGGUAGCCAAUCCAGGAAAGAUUCACCCCUUACCAUUACAUGAAUUCCCUGGCUCCCAAGAGAAUUCCUUUUUAAAGGACUAUCUUCAACCAAUUUGCAUUGUCAGUGAUAGAGACAUUGACCCCGAAACUUUGAGGCCAACUCCAAAUGUCCAAGAGUACCUUGAUCAAAUCUCCUUGUGGACCAUUCCAUCAGAUGAGCAAAUAAACCUUCAGAAUUGCAUAAACUCUUCGAUUGAGAAGUUUGUCAGGCAUCUAUGUGAUGAAAUCGCCAGGAUGGAUCCUAGAUUUGCCUCCAAUGUUCUGCCGAGUGGAAGCACCUAUGAAGGGACAAAACCUGUAACAGAAGCCUCAUUUCUGACAGACUUCGACUAUAUGAUCUGUUUAGAAAGACUUAGCGAAGAGGUCAUUGUUGAGGAAGUACCAGCCGUCGUAGGACACGUUAGGGUUGCGCACAAGCAACCGACAAACCAGUCCAAAUUUAAGGAAUUUUUCUCUGAAGGCUAUCUUGUCGGAGACAGAGUUUCAAAGGCAUUUUGCGAUCUCAUGGUCCUAGUGAUGAACCAACCUAAAAUCUGGCAAGAUGGUGACAUGGAGUGCCCCUGCAUCCCUACUUUGCAGAGUACCACUGGACGUCCAAAUAUAAAGCUUAGUCUAGUUUGGAAGAAAGAUGUUAUGAAUGCAAGAAGCGUCAGCAUCGAUAUAGUUCCAGCAAUUCAGGUCAAAUCUCUGUGGCCAUCAUUUGCAAGACAAGACAGCUCUAUAUUGACCCCCGAUACUCGGGAAUGUCAUGUUGUACUCAAACAACCCGAUGUUGGAUUGAACAGCACAGAACAUUUCGGGAAUCCCGCUCAUCUUCUAACAGUGACCUUUUCUGUUGCUGAGCGAGAGAUAUUUCUUAAAAUGCCAGAUGUUGUCAAGAGAAGUUGUGUGGUUGCAAAGGUUCUAUCAAGGAGAACAGCAAAAGUUCCAUUCUCAAUGAUUUAUGGAGGAGAGUACGGUACAGCAAAGAUUUUAACAAAAAAUACCUUCUCCAGUUAUGUUCUCAAGACAGCUUUGUUUCAUGAGCUUGAGGCACUCCAUUUGAACGACAGUAACAACUCUACAAACAAGUUGACUUUAAAAACACUUGUAUAUGGGAUAUUUACAAGACUCUCUCAAGCUGCAGGGGAACGCUUUUUACCUAGUUUCUUCGUACCAAGGCACAACCUAUUCCACACGUACAAGG